GGUAAGGCGUGUUUACUGAAGGACCCCUAGUCACUCACACGUGUAUGUCUACAUGCAGACAUGGCUGAUCUUCAGAUGAAGCUUCUUCGGAAGAAAAUUCAGAAAAGAAAUGCAAAGAAUAAAGAACGCAAGCUUCGACAAAAACAAAGGGAAGAAGAAGAAGGAGAAGAAAACGAGUCUAAAGUAAUUAUUGAGGACCGUGAUGGAGAGACGAGGGAAGAGACUCCAGCUGCAGACACACAGCAGGAAAUGGCAAAUAAAAAGCAGAAGAGUGAAUCCACUCAGGAGGAUAGUGACACACAAAACAGCAAGAAGAAGAAAAAGAAGAAGAGAAAACUAAAUGAAGCAGGAGAUUCUGCUGGCGUUUCUGUGAAAAAGGCCAAACAGGAGAACAGUGAAGGAGAUGAGGCUGAGCUCUCUGAGGGAGGAGAGGAAGAGGAGAGAUCAAAAGAGGGAUUUAAGGAUGUUGAUGAGGAUGGUGAGAAAGAUGGAGAUGAUGAUGAGGAGGAGUGUGAUGGACCAGAGCUUCCAUCUGGACUGACAGGAGCGUUUGAAGAUCAGAGUUUUGCAUCGCUUGCAGAGCUUGUGAGUGACAAAACACUCAUGGCUAUUAAAGAUAUGGGCUUUGAGACCAUGACUGAGAUUCAGCACAAAACUAUACGCCCCUUACUCGAGGGAAGAGAUGUUCUUGCGGCUGCUAAAACCGGCAGUGGGAAAACUCUGGCCUUCCUCAUUCCUGCUAUUGAACUCAUCUUUAAACUCCGAUUCAUGCCCAGAAAUGGUACUGGAGUGGUAAUCUUGUCCCCUACACGUGAAUUGGCCAUGCAGACAUAUGGAGUACUGAAGGAGUUGAUAGCUCAUCAUGUGCACACAUAUGGCCUCAUUAUGGGUGGCAGUAACCGCUCAGCCGAAGCCCAGAAGCUUGCUAAUGGAGUCAACAUCCUGGUGGCCACCCCUGGGAGACUUCUUGACCAUCUACAGAACACUCCCGGCUUCAUGUAUAAAAACCUGCAGUGUCUGAUUAUCGAUGAAGCAGAUAGAAUUCUCGAGGUUGGAUUUGAGGAAGAACUUAAACAGAUCAUCAAACUGCUGCCAAAGAAGAGACAGACCAUGCUGUUCUCAGCUACACAGACGAGGAAGGUGGAGGAUCUGGCACGAAUCUCCCUGAAGAAAGAGCCUCUGUAUGUGGGAGUGGAUGAUAACAAGGAUACAGCGACGGUGGAAGGACUAGAGCAGGGCUAUGUGGUCUGCCCAUCUGAGAAGCGGUUCCUGCUACUUUUUACAUUCCUGAAGAAGAAUCGCAAGAAGAAGCUGAUGGUGUUCUUUUCCUCCUGCAUGUCUGUGAAGUUUCACUAUGAGCUACUCAACUACAUCGACCUGCCUGUUAUGGCCAUCCAUGGCAAGCAGAAGCAGACAAAGAGAACCACCACAUUUUUCCAGUUCUGUAAUGCAGACUCCGGCAUCUUGCUCUGCACUGAUGUUGCUGCCAGAGGACUCGAUAUCCCUGAGGUGGACUGGAUCGUCCAGUACGACCCACCAGAUGACCCUAAGGAAUACAUCCACCGUGUGGGUCGAACAGCUCGAGGUAUUAAUGGCAGAGGUCACGCCCUCCUAAUCCUCAGACCUGAGGAGCUCGGCUUCCUGCGGUUCCUGAAACAGGCCAAGGUUCCAUUGAGUGAGUUUGAAUUUUCAUGGAGUAAGAUCUCAGAUAUUCAGUCACAGUUGGAGAAGCUGAUCGAGAAGAAUUACUACCUGCAUAAAUCAGCUCAGGAGGCCUACAAGUCCUAUGUGAGAGCCUACGAUUCUCACUCCCUCAAACAGAUCUACAACGUACAGACACUCGACCUCCCGCAGGUUGCGCUGUCCUUCGGCUUCAAAGUAGCACCUUAUGUUGACCUCAAUGUUCACAGCAGUAAAGGUGUAAAGAUGCAGAAGAGGGGAGGAGGCGGAGGCUUUGGCUACCAGAAAUCCAAGAACGUGCAUAAAGCAAAGAUCUUCAAACAUUUUAACAAGGGCAGAGGAGACCGCAGACAGUUCUCCCGCUGAGUUUGACCACUUUUUUUUUCCCCUGAAAUGUCUUUUUCCCUCCCAAAGUUUUUAAUGAAUAGUUGUCAUUGUCUGUGGUUAAUUCCACACACACUUUUCCGCUAGAAGCUGGUGGAAGACUGAAUUUAGAUCUAUUUUCAUUCCACAUAACUGUGUGAAGAAUCUGUAAUGCAACUUCUGUUUAUGAAUAUUUUCCUGUCCUCUUUGUAUUGGUAAACUGCUUAAUUAAAAAAUAUCUAAGAAAACA